AGACUGCGUGAUGAUGCUCUAGGCGCUGAUAAUUCGCUGAUAGCUGCCGAGUAAUCAUUUUACUCAUCUAGUAUCAAGGCCUCGGACCAAGCGAAGAUCCAUGAGCUUCUCUUCGAAAGCCGACAGAGCCAAAGUCGACGAGAUCGUUCCAUCGGAAGCAGUGUUCUGGACACCCAACUCUGGGGAUCGGUCAUCUUCCAAACGUCACUCUCCACGCACAGGGAACCGCUAUGAUGUUGGGAAGACUCGUUCGAUCGCGGAACAUUCCCCUUGCGCGGAGUUUCUUCAGUGGAUUGUCGGAGAAUCAUCGAAUACUCCAGGAGACGUGUAGGAAAUUCGCGGAUGAGGAAGUACGACCUGUUGCUGCCAAAAACGACGAGCAUAAAAUUUUCCCGAGAGAGAUCCUCGGAAAAUUGGGCGAUCUCGGACUCAUGUCGAUACAUAUUCCGCAAGAAGCCGGUGGCUCCGGUUUCGACUCGCUGUCAUACGCGAUUGCCAUUGAAGAAAUCUCGAACGCAUGCGCCGGCACGGGGGUUAUAAUGGCGGUCCAGCACCUAUACUUGGCAGUCGUCAGUCAAUGGGGGACGCCGAAACAAAUCGAUGACUUCGUCAAACCUUUCGCUAAUGGCAGAAAGUUUGCAUGUUACGCCUUAUCCGAGCCAGGAAACGGGAGUGACGCCGGAGCCGUCGCGACGACAGCGACAGUACGGAACGACGAGAUUCUCUUGAAUGGAACGAAAGCUUGGAUAACGAACGCCGAGCAAGGAGAGGCAGCCGUGGUAUUCGCGUCCGCGGAUCGAAGCAAGAAGCAUAAAGGGGUCAACUGCUACCUCGUUCCGAUGCCAACAGACGGUCUAUCCCGACCGAAGUUCGAGGAUAAACUCGGAAUUCGCGCGUCCUCCACGGGCCAACUCGUCUUCGAAAAUGUUGCGCUCCCGAAAGAGAAUCAACUUGGUGGCGACGGUGAUGGCUUCAAGAUUGCCAUGAUGGCCCUCGAUGGGGGUCGAAUAGGCAUAGCUAGUCAAGCUCUGGGCAUCGGACAGGCGGCACUGAACCUCGCUGCGCGCUAUGCUCAGGAGAGGAGCUCUUUCAACACAAAACUCAGCAAGUUACAAGCAAUACAAUUUAAACUUGCCGACAUGGAAACCAAGCUGCAGUCCGCGCGACUCAUGACAUGGUACGCCGCAUAUCUGAAGGAUUCGGGCGUUCCGUACGGGAAAGCAGCCUCCAUGGCCAAACUCACCGCCUCUGAGGCUGCCAACUUCUGCGCCUUCCAAGCCAUUCAGAUUUUGGGCGGUAUGGGAUACGUCAAGGACAUGCCAGCUGAGCGACACUUCCGCGAUGCCCGCAUCACCGAGAUCUACGAGGGGACCUCCGAAAUUCAACGUAUUGUGAUCGCGAAUCAUCUCCUGAGAGAACAUGCUAUCUGAGGUCACUUCCCCGAACAUCUGUCCUUCGGCCAUCUCGCCCAACGCAAAUAAUUUCUAAGAUAAUGUAAGGAGGAAUACGGAGACUCUACGCCGGUAGGAGCGUUCCUCAGCAUGAUCUUCGUUCGCGACGUGAUAAAAACAGAGGCGAUGAGCUGUUGAAUGUCUCCACAUGGGGCUGGAGCUACUCAAAUAUUCUUCUAGGAGGCGAGAUGUCGGAGACCACAGUUUCCUGAGCCUCCAAUCUGUUAACUCUCAGCUCGACUUCUUCCUCGUCGACAGCCUUCACUGAAUUCCUGCGGAAGAUGCCUCCCUAACUGCUCAGGAGUAUUUUGGCCAUCUUCCUCGCUUUCCUGACCAACGGAAUUCUCUGCAAGACUCGAUUUCGCCCCGGCGAUUUGAAUAAACAAGCA